GAAUUCACAAGAUGGAUCACUCUGUCCUUCAGAGUUUGCACAGAGUCUCAAAGUCUCCGAUACCAUCUCGGUGUGCCAGCUUGUGAAGUGGCAGAAGGCAGCUUCUUCCAGAUAUUUCUGAUGCCAUAGACCAUGUAAGAAACAGGAAAUGAAUUGAAGGCGAAGUGCUGAAAAGAUGAGAAUUGAACCAGGAGAACUGCUCCACCAUUUUCCUUUGGUGGGUGGGCAAAACCCAUGGUUCAGGUGGGUACAGGCCCAAGACCUGAAGUCCACUCUACAAGAGAUUCUUGGUAUCAUCUCCCUGCCACCUCUCCUCAGUGUUUUUUACAGCAGUCAUGAGCGAUAUUUCUCAUUUAACCAGUUCAGACAUGUUAUUUGGAGCACGUGGGACCUGAAUCCAGGCCUUCUGCCCCAGAAGUGGGGGCACUACCGCGGCAUCACAAGCGCACCGUCAGUUCACGAUUAAAUGUCCAAAUUUCAGCUCUGAAGAAGUGUCAUUGAACUGCGGACGUUUUUGUUUCUCUCUCUACAGAUGCUGCCAGAACUGCUGAGUUUCUCCAGCAUUAUCUGUUUUUUAACCAAGUAACUGAGUCUGUCCUCUUCAAUCAGGCACAAAGUCCUCUUUGUGUCCCUCAGAUUCUUCAGUUGGUUCCAAAUGCAACCUGGUGUCUUCUCUCUCCUGGUGAUUUAUGUGGUUGACUUGUAUGUUAUUUCCUCCAGUGUCACUGUCUGCACUUUGUGUUUGGACCUUACUCAUUGCUUCAAGCUGUGAAGGCAGAACCCCAUGUACAGCAGCAAAUCAGGUAUUUGUCUGCACCACGAUACCAAACGCUUCAUUCUAUCCCCCCAACUUAAAACACCUCGUUUUUGUGGUGCUGAGUGGGUUUGAGUCUAUCAACAAUACAAUGCUCAGCAGUUUAAACCUGAACUCUGUGACAAACCUGACAGUAUCCAACAGUGAUAUCGCCAGCAUUGAGCAAGGAGCCUUCGAUUCUUUCCUCCACCUCACUGGCCUCAAUCUAAAUGGUAACAAACUCUCAACGAUCAACGCUGCUUGGUUUUCUGAUGCUGCCAGUCUGAUUAGCCUUUCCCUGUCCAGAAACAGAAUUCAAGCAAUUGGGGUAGACACCCUAUCUGGCUUCUCCAAUCUGGUUGAACUUUACCUCUCUCAGAAUAAGAUAAGCACAAUAGCUGACCAGAGUCUCUGCGGGAAUUUGAAGCUCUCCAUUCUGGACCUCUCCAGCAAUAAGCUGGUUUUCCUGACAGGACAGGCUUUGGCAGGGCCAAAUCUCCAGAGGAUCAGCCUUCACACCAAUCCUUGGAGUUGUUUGUGUGAACAUGCAGAUUGGAUGUCCUUUCUGAGAGAUCUCAACAAUAACUCUGUAUUGGUACAAAGGUGUGCUGUUACUUGCAAUGAUCCCCCCAACUUGAAGGGAAUCCCUGUCUGGAAUGCGUCUGAUUUUGCCUGCUCAUUGACUACGAACACAAGCUGGUCUGACCAACACACAGAGCCUCAGAAACUCCACCCAAUGUUACUGGGGCUCCUGGGGCUACUCCUCUUGCUGCUGCUGUUUCUGUUUCUGUUGGUGAAAAGGAAACAAGAGAAGGAGCAAGUAAAACCAGAUGGGCAAGAGACCAAUCAACAGGAAAAACACCCUCCGCGGGACUCUGCCAAAGAGAAUUGCUCAAAGGACCACCAGUCCGCGCCCUGUGCUGGAGUCGAAGUGAUUAAUUCGGAGUCGUGUGCUGCAGUGUGGAAGAAACAAAAUGAGUUUGCACCAGUGACAAUGUCAGGGGCUCAGCAGGAUGGAGAGCAUCCUCAGUUAGCGAAAGGUGAUCCAGAAAUUCUGUGCAUCACAAAUGCAUCUAUCGUUUCAUCGUUUUCUGAGGAUUGGACAGGUUUUCCAAGCAAGAGAUUUGUACAAAGUCACCAGGAAAUGGAAAAACACAACAGCAUCCCAUCGCAAGGGAGCUUUGACCCACCACUGGCAGUGUUUGUGGAGCAGUCAGGAUCAGCUCUGUAUUCCCAAUCAGUAAGCGAUUCAACAGCAUUGGACAAACCGUUCUUUAAGAAGCUGGGAAGGACUGAUGGAGACAAGCAGGAUAGGAAUGGAAAUGGCAAACCUGUGGGAAUGAUCCUACCACUGUCCAAAAUGUCAACUGGGAAUGACACCACUUGUCCAAACUUGAAUUCAGAUGAGGACUUGUCUUCAUUGGCGAAUAUAUCAAGAGGUCCACAAGGAGCAGCCGGAUUAAUCCACGACGAAGCUGAUGAAGUAUGUGAUUCAAGUACAGAUUUCACAAGCCAUCUGACCACAAGACAACAUGAGGUAAGUGUGACGCCAUCGAAAGAUGGAAACCAAAGAAAUGCUGAAAAUUCCAAAGUAAGAGUUGUGGGUGACAGAGGAGCAGAGCCAAGGCUGAAGGUUGAUGUGAUUGAUCUGAAGAGUGAAGCCAAUUUUGAAGAAGGUAGCCAGACAUCAACGAUAAGGGAAGACAUGUCAAUGACUAAAAGUUUGAGAAGAGUACAACUCAGCUCUGAGAUAGACAUUUUUCCAGGCACAAGAUGUGAUGCUAUGAUACCAGCCACACCAAACAGUGAACAAACAGUAAGCACAAGCUCACCAACCAAAGAGAAAUCCUCCCGGAGCAGUGAAUAUGGGUAUGUUAAUCUAUUGCAUGAAAUUGUGGAGAAUCAAGGACGUCGCACCAGAGAUCGAUGGAAGCAAGCCACCAGAUUUAAAAUAAUACACAAGUAAUACCUUUUCGCACCAUGGUUAAUAGUUUGAGAUGGUUAUCAAAGCUCCGAGCCCAGUGAUAGCGGUCUCCAGUUAUACGAUGGGGGAUCUUAAAUAGCAUCAUAGCACUUAAUGAGAGAUGGGAGACAAGCAGCAGAAUUUUGGAUGAGCCAAAGCUUAUGGAGAGUCUACUCGAAGACCAGCUUGGAGAAUAUUAAAGUAGCUCUUGCAGAGAUGUUUCCUUACUGUUGCACGGCCUCAUUUAAAAAGAAAACAACUUCGAACUUGAAAAAGAGGUUUGGAUUUUGGAGUAGGGUGAAAUGGCCAGUGUCCGCCAUUGUUACUCCACGAAACUCACGGUAACUUUGAGAUUCUACAUAUCCACAGGCUAACAUGGAAAGCUAGAGGUCUCUGUCAUUGAUUCCACACUUCUUUCCAAGAGGCAGUGUUGAGACAUCCUCAAGUGCGAAUCCCUGAAUUCAUAAGAGCUUCUGUACUUGUGCUAUCAUCUUGCUGGGGAAAAAAAAACUUGAAAAUAUUGAACUUUGAUUAAUGUGUAACUGUCUUUUGAUGGCAAACUGGCCUCAUAAUUACUUCUAAACACCCUCACUGGCCGUGAAAAACUAAUUUCAACUCCACAUUCUAGUAUAAAAAGGAUAUACAUUUUGAUUUGUUAACGUUUGUUUAUAUUUAUAGUUUAGCUUCUAAUGAAAUCAAAUCAUUUACUUCUAUAUUAGAAAGUUUAAUGUAAAAGUGAAAGACAACGUGUUUUUAAACUGUUUUGCUGUGAGAGAAUUAUUCUCAGAAUCACAGAAACGUUACAGAGCAGAAGCAGGCCAUUCGGCCCAUUGUGGCUGCACCGGCUCUUCGAAAUGAGCAUGAUUACCUAAUGUCAAACUCCUGCCGUUCCCCCAUACCUUACACACUACUUCGAUGUAAAUAACAAUCCAAUAUUCAAAAUAACUGCAGACAUGAGCAAACCCAAGCCAGCUUUUGGAAAAUAUAGUGGGUUUGCAUUUCCAAAUGAAUCCAAUGCGAGACUGAUUGGUCACUGCUUCAAAGUUGGAGCCACUGUAAUCUUACUGUGCACAAACCCGCAUCUUCAGCAUAACAUAAGAAUAAAAUGACUGCUCUAAAUUCUCAAACUCCCUUUAAACAGCAAAAUCUGUGCUGUUUUCUUCUGUUCUGCUCUUAGAAUGGAGACAGCAUCUGAGAUAUGAUUCAACGCUAUGCCAAAUAACCUCUGCGUUCACUUCAGUUGGCCAAUGGAUCCAGUUAGCAGUUGCUAGCAUCUGUUUGACUGUGUGGGAUGAUCAGGUCUGCGCCCAGUCAGAAUCCACACAAGUUACAUUCUUCAGCUGAGGGUCACCAUCAUUUAAUCAAAUAAGGGAACCCCCUCAUCAUCUCCGGUCUCCAGUUGGGGCACACUGUGUGGCUGUUUUGAAAUAGAAUAAUUCACCUCACUGAAGGUCACAGGUAUAAUGACAAGGCAAGUGUCUUGUGGCAUGUUAGUGAGUAAUGCAUCGUUGCUUCUAAAUGUAAGCUGCCACUCACUUUAGGGCUUUGAACAUUGAAUAGAGAUGCAAUUAUCUAAGUUGUGCAAAUGUAUUGCAGUCAUAGAUCAUUGCAGAUGUGAAUUGAAUUGCCUUUAUCAUAACAUUAAUAGUGGAAUAUCAUGUUUGUUGAAAAAACAGUGGGAAUAUGGAUUUAAAGUAUAACAUUUACUUCAAUUCAACAAAUGCAUUUUUUCGCACACUGGGUAGAAAUGAGUCUCAAAAUUUAUUUUGUUCUGUGAUUUCCUAUCAGCCAAUCAAAACUAUUUGUCAUUCUUGUUCAUGCUACUUAUUUUGCAAAAGCUAUAUCAUCAUCUUUCUGAAUAAAUUAUGCGGAAUAUGUACCUUUCA